GUAUGAAGAGUUGCGUUAUUGGUAUGACUGCUUGUGUUAUGAAGAAGACCUCAGGCAGUACAACCAAUAUAUUGUUGAGUACAGGAAGUGGGAAGAGGAGAAUCUGCACCCAGAAGACCUUCCACCAAUGCGGCCACCAAUGCGGCCACCGCCUCAGCGAACGUUUGUGAAUGAGGAUCGCUAUGUAAAGGCCAAGCACACAACUGUGUACCCAUCAGCAGAGCAGCUGGAUGCAGUGCAGAAGAUGGUGUCUAAUGUGGAGUGUGCCCUGAAGUCUGUCUCUGAUUGGUUAAAUGAAAAAGAGAGUAGUGCCGCAGAUGCUGGAAGUGGUUCUCCUCAAAGUAAACUGCGUGGUGUUUUGAGAGUGGGCCUGGUGGCUAAAGGACUCCUGCUGAAAGGUGACAUGGAGUUAGAGUUGGUGCUGCUGUCCAGGGAUAUGCCUACCAGUUCACUGCUCAGGCUGAUCUCUGGAAAACUCUCAGAAUUCAUAAAGGAUGUUACUGAGGAGAAAUACGUCAUCACUCCAUCGAUCCAAGAUGCUGCUAUUAUCGUUACUAGCCCAAAGGAGCCAAUUCUGAAACUGAGUAUCCAUCUGACCUCACCUGUGGUCAGGGAGCAGGUUAAAAAAGAGGCAUCUGGAGGUAUGAUCUCACUCUUUUUCUUUUUCGGACCUAAAAGACCUUCAGUACAUCGGAGGAGAGAAAAUAAAAAGUUAUGCAGUACAGUCCUGCUGCAUCAAAUGACAUUUUACUGUUCAACAUUGACAUUUCCGAACGUCACCUCUAAAGCGAUGCGAAGGGGGAGGCUGCCGCAGCUUUCGAUUCCGAUAAUAUUGAGCAUCCCUAAUUUAAUGUAUAGUAAAUACUGCAUGCCUCAUCUUUUAGUUAAAUACGUAUUGUAUACAAUGUCAGCCAUAUUGUUUUUCCAUAAUACCUGUGUUCUCCUGGCAGAAAGGCGCGAACCAGCAAAUGCCCUGAUGAAGCUGAACCAGCUGCGGCCUGGAACCCUCUACAGAUUGGCAUCACAGUCUGGGCCUGAACAUGAACCUCAGUUCACAAUGUCUGUAGAGGUGGAUGGAGUAACUUAUGAGGCUACAGGCCCCUCCAAACGCAGCGCCAAGCUUCAUGUUGCCCAGAAAGUUCUGCAAGCAUUAGGUGUGCCCUUGCCAUCAGAGGCCAAGCCUGCUGAUGAAAAUAAGAGCCAGUCUGUUGCUGCGACUGUGGUCACCGGUUCAGAUGAAACCACUCCUACAGGGUCUGAUGAUGGCACUGAGGGUGGCCCCGUCCUCACCAAACAUGGCAAGAAUCCCGUCAUGGAACUCAACGAGAAUCGGAGAAGUCUGAAAUAUGAACUUAUCUCUGUCAAGGGACGCUUCAACGACAAGACCUUCACCAUUGAGGAACCUGGUCAAAGUCAACAUGAGCAACUCAACAAACAGCUUUUUCCAGAAGGUUCUCCUGCAGACCCACUCAAAAAAAAGAAAUUCCCUGCUAUGGGCUAUGGUAUGGCAGGAGUGUCUUACAAUGCAGGAAAUCGAGGAAGAGGUAGAGGCAGAGGAUUCAACACUGGCAAGUUUGCAGGCUCCACCACUACUGCUGGAUUGACCCCAGCCCAGUCUGUUACCAACUCCAGCACACCUAUGAAUCCCCAGGAGGACCCGUCUGCAACCUCCACCAUCAGCGCGGCCACAUACCAAGCUGUACCACCACCAGUGACUAGCUAUUAUAAUCAGUACACCCAAUCCUAUUCACAAUUCAAAACACCCCUCAAUCAGGGCCAGAAUCAGACUCAGACUCAAAAUCAAAUCCAGAGCAAAACAACAAAUCAACAAGCUCCUCUUGUUGGGCCAGAUUACGGCUACGGAUAUCAAGGGCCUGGCAUGGGUAUGGGGGGACCACCUGAUUUCAAUUAUGCAGCAUACAAUGGACCACCUGGUACAGCAGCAUUCGGGCCACCUGGAACAACAAAUCAGAGCUAUAGCUUCACCCAGAGCGCCUACCCCAACCUGGGAGGCUACAGCAGUGGAGCCAAUAGUACAGACUACACAUACAGAUAAACAUAACACAUUUGGUCUCCCUGCUCAGUAAUAUGUACGGAUGCUCAUUCAAACAAUUGAGAAGUAAUUUCUGUAAUUCUAUAGCCUACAGUGUCCUCCUGAGUUGAAAUAUUUGCUCUAAAUCUUUUGAGAUUUUAUACUGUUUUGUGUUCAUGUUGCCAUUGGAACUGCACCUGAUUUUAGCAUGGUUUUGAUUCACCACUAGUUUCAGGAAAUAAUACAUCAGGAUGGAAGUUGUUUUCUGUCUGUGCCUAAAUGGUUGGUGUGACUCAAAUGGAAAUUGUCACACAGUUCUAUUUUUCCCCAAAAGGUAUAUUUAUGAUCAUCCUCUUGUUUU